UUAAGAAUUAAGCUGUGUUGAACAUUGAAGCAAUGCCAACAGCCCCAUCUUCUUUAAUGAAGAAAAAAAGGAGUGAAGAUUUAUAAUCCGCAUUAUAAAGCAUGGCUAAGGAAAUACAUAUAACUCUGUUGAAGGUGGAAGACCUGCACCAUGUGUGGUACAGAGAAGCUGCCAGCAUCAGCUGCUCUGAGGAAGUGAAGAAAUACCAUGAGAUGAUGGAGAAACUCAAUGAAUUGAUGGAUGAUGAUCAGGCCAUUACCCACAAAGUUCACCGCCCAACUAUAGGACAGUUCUAUGCCGGCAGGGAUGUGAAGGAAAGAAGAUGGUUCAGAGUCAAGAUAAAGAAUUUAAUGCUUGCUACCAAAAAUGGACCUACAGCAAGUUGCUUCCGUGUGGACUUUGCAGAUACAGUAAUGAUUCAGUUUUCAAACCUGAGGAUUCUCCCAGAAGAAUAUGGUGUCAAAAAUAUACCUAAACAAGCCAAAGAGAUGGCUUUCUAUGGCUUGCAGCCUCUGACUCUAGUCACAGAUCUAAUAGAAAUGAAUACCACACCAAAGCCCUGUUUUAAGUGGAGUGUGUCUGCUGUAGAGCACGUCAGACGUAAAGUCAAAAAUCAUAGCUGUAAAGUCCAAAUAAUGGGUACAGAUCACAAUGGCCGCCAUUACGUUCGCCUUUUCACCAAGAUGGCAGACAUGGAAUGGAUGUGCAUCAACGAUGACUUAGUUGAAUUGGGAUAUGCUGUGUUUUCACACCAAGUUGCAGAACAAGAAAAAGCAGGCUCCACCUCGCCCUAUACCACAGAGACAAGAUCAAAGCCCAGCUCAAAGUCUCGUACUCUGAAUGACUUUUUGGGGGAGGAAAAGGAGAAGGAGGAGAUUCGACAGAAACAGAGGCAGCAAUACUUGGCAGACUACCCACAGUCUUCCCACUCCCCCUCACUCCCUACCCUUGUCAGUGAUGAAAACAGCAGCGAUGGCGAGAUGGAGGCUAUUAGAAGACAAAUACAGUCACUAGAGGGCAGCAAGGGUAGUGAUAACAUAAAUACAACUUCACAGCCGGUUGUGACUGGUGGAGGAGAUGGCAUUGACCAAAACACAAACCUGCACCAAAAACCACUUGUGAGACCAGGUGGUGACAGUUACGAAAGUGAUUCUGCUGUUAAACAAAGAAUCACAAGAAUGCCAUACCAAUCAGAGGCACAACCAAAUAUGAUUGGCCAAGGCAGUGGAAGGUCAAGGUUAGGUGCUCAAAGGGGGUCAGCGAGUACUGAUACACCUCAGGAACUCUUUGGGACUAGUGUUGCAUCCAGUAUGGUGCAAAGUGAAAAAUCAUGUACCAGUCAUCAAUUACGAACAGGGCAAACAUUUGAGCAUUCAAUAUCAAAUCCAGUGUCAGGACCAACAGAUGCAUUGUCUCAACAGGUCACUGAUUCACAUGGAAAGUCAUCCACAAGAACCAGUAUUCCUAGUCUCCAAAGACAUAUUCCACUUAGUGGAUCAUCUCUCCUUUCUACACUAAAAAAGCUCAGUCCAUCAAAAAGUAACGUAGUUGAGACCACAAGUGUCAACAGUCCUGGAGAAAUGCACCCAAGCCCUUCAUUGUCGACAGAUCUGGAAAGUCCAAAAUCAGUUUCAUCUUCUGAGGUUGACAGCAAGAAAGCAGAAACACAUGCAAAGCCUAAGAUGCCAUCUUUGCUGUCAGCUUUGAAAAGUCAGGCUGCAAGACAGCAGGUGUCUGGUAUUUCUCAUGCCCAACCCAGUGCCUGUAACCGUUCUGAAUUGAGCUCAGGUUCUCCUGCUGUAUUGAGUGGAGUAGUAGAGCAAGCCAAUGGGAACAAUGCUGCCAUGGUGAUGAACAAGGUUGAGGCUGUGCCGCAGCAGGAUUUAACUGCUUCACAUAAUUCUCCAGUAUUAGGUGCAGAAAAGGAGACAUUUUCAACCAGAAUAUCUCCAGACAAAGUGCCCUCUAAUAUGCAAAGAAGCGAGCCAUCUUCUAUUAUGGUAUCGAGUAAACCCCCACAAAAGCCCAUGGGAAGAGCCUCCAUGUUGAUAAAUUCUCUCAUCAUGGUGAAUUCUCCUAAAGUUGGUCUCUCUGUUAGAGAUAUGGAUGCCACUGUGAGCCCCGAUGGUAAGAGGACUAGUCUUGUAAAAGUUUCAUCAAGUGAUGUUCCCAAGACGGUAUUCAAACAACCCUCUUGCUCUGCAGUGGCAGACUGUGAAACAAGCCGUCAAACUGAAAAACAACAAGAACAAUCUGAAGAUAAUUUGGUGUCUCCUUUAACACAAUUGGCAGAGAAGACUGACCCUGAUGCUCUACAGCCAGAAGAACUGUCUGUCAUGGAGGAACAGCUGACAAAAACAGAGGAUCAGAUAUCAGUAGAAAACAAGACAGAAUCUGAAAUUCCUCAUGACUCGAUAGAAAGAAGACUGGAAAUAGAGAAUGAAAUGCUAAAUCAACCAGGCUCAUCUGACUCUUCAUCAGCAUCAUCUCGGUCUAGCAGGAAAGGAAAAGGAAAAGGAAACAUCAGUUGGGCAGAAGAACCAACAAUACAUACCUUACCUGAGACAACAUUGGUAUCACAAUUCCCUUCAGAGGUCUAUGCAGUAUACAGAUCUGUUGCCCUGGAAACUGUUUCUACAGAAACUGCCCAAGAUGGCCAAUCAAGACAGGCUCAAUUAUCCACACAGUCACCUAUUACACAGACACAGGUAGCAGCACAGUCUGUAGGUGGCAGUGGUGCUAUAUCAAAGAGACCCACCACUGCCCGCCUGCCUGGUGUGGCACUACAGAAACAGAAAAAGGAAUCUCAAAGUCCUGAUAUUUUGAACACACCUUCCCCACCUCAAAUACCAGGGUCUAGUGGUAAACCCUUGAAGUCGAUCCUGAAGAAGAGGGAUUCUAGUGUCUACUUCUCAGACCAAGAAUCCAGUCCACUGAAUCUCCCUGGUGAUGUGGUGCCCUCCCCCAGGUAUUCUUCCUCUGAUUCUGAGACACUUGGUAACCCUGGAGAACAGGGGACACCAGAAAGGAGAAUCCUAGACGAAGACCUUUUUAGCUUUUUUCAUGGACAACAUUUUGGAUCUCCCAUGCUAACACAGCAGGCGCGAGGACUUCCACAGAAGGACAUCAGUGAACAUGGAGUGCUGGUGGACGGGGAGAGACCCUCGCCGCCAUGUUUGUCUGUGACAGACGCAAACUUUGAUGAUCUUGUCAACAGGGGUUUAUAUGACAGAAAGUUUGGCGCCCCAAUCCUGGUUCAGGCUUACAUAUGGCGACCCAUGAUGCGGGCCCGUCAUGUUGUAGCAGUGUCUCCCCCUAGAAGUGGUAAAACACUGGCGUACUUGUUGCCUGUGAUAUCACAUAUACUGCAGCGGGACACAUACAAAGAUGUGCCUGCAGGGAAUGGGCCCCUAGCCCUCAUAGUGACCCCAUCCUGGAAGAAGGCACAGCAAGUAUUUGACUGGUGUUAUGACUUCCUUGGUGGCCGUCCUGACGCCAAGACGCUGAUUAUAUAUGGGGGCGGUUCAGAAGAGGACCAGUAUAUCCCACUGCUCAAUGGUUGUAAGAUACUGGUGGCUACCCCCUACUGCCUCCUCAGGAUGAUAGAGAAGGGCUACACCAACCUCAACAGACUGUGUCACCUUGUCAUGGAUGAUGCUGAUGUCCUCACAGAGGACUUCACUGACCAAAUCUGUCAGUUGAUGACUGGCUACACACAAGUCCUAAGGACAGUGGAGUCCAGCUCGCGUCCACAGCAGAUAGUUAUGGUGGGCAGCCAGUGGACACCAGGGAUGGCCUCCUUCAAGGACACCUUCAUGGUGGAUCCCCUGGUCAUCAUAACCUCUAAACUGGAGGCAUCCAUUUAUGCUGGAGUAAAGCAGAGUGUGUACAUGUGUGUAGCUGCUCAGAGAGACCAGCAGUUGCUUGGUAUCCUCAAUACAUUUGUUCUGCAGGACAAGAAAGCCAUCAUUUUCACCAACUCUACCAGAGAUGCCAUAGAUCUCUCCCAGGUCCUGAAGAGCCAGAGCAUGUAUGUGUUAGUAGCUCACAAAGAGCUGUUGUCAGAUCAACUGGAGGAUAUUCAGAAAGAUUGGAAUAUUGACCACAGAGAGGGGUCCAAACCCGUGUUAAUCCUAACAGAUGAGUGCAUCAAGGAGCUUAAGCUGACCAAUGCCACAUGUACCAUCCACUUCUCCCUCCCUGACACCAAGAAGGCUUUUGUGAACAGAUAUGGAUGUAUGCUGGAAAACUUCAAGAGGAGUCAACAGGAGGAACAGAUUGUCCUCACCUCCUAUAUCAUCAUCACAGAUCAGUGUACAGAACAAGCUCAAACUGUAUUACAGCUUCUACUUAGAACUAAGUCUUAUGUGCCAAAGAAACUGCAGACCAUGGUAGAGGAUGUCAAAAAGGCCAAAGAAGAAGAAAAGUCAAAACCACUGUGCCAUUACUUGAAAUCAUUUGGAGUUUGCCGAGAGCGCCAGAGGUGUGAGCACCGCCAUGUUGUAGUGAAGGAGCAAGAUACGCCUGGCAUCUCGAAGCACCAUAUCAGUCUGCCCACAUCCGGGGAAGUCAAGGUCCUUGUUACCCAUGUCAUUGACAGUGCAUCAUGUUUUUAUGUGCGUCUCCAAGAGCUCCGCAGUGAGACGGAGGACAGUUUCAAAGCAAUGGCCGCCGCCUACGUACAACUGGUGUUGGACAUGAACAUGUGGUUUCAAGUUAAGGAUAAUCAAAUUAUUCAAGAUGAAAUUUGUGAGGGAACAGUAUGUGCUGUACAAGACGGUCAAAAAUGCUACCACAGAGUACAAAUAACAUGUAUUCCACAGUCAGAAUUUGAAACUGUAAAAGAAGUCCAGGUCCAGUAUGUUGAUGUAGGGAAGCUGGAGUGGGUUCCCAAGUCCAGCAUACUCAAACUGCCGCAACAUUUCCUGGAGGUGCCAUUCCAGGCUGUGGAAGUUUAUUUGUGCUGUAUUAAACCUGUGGAUGAUGACACUGAGUGGACCAGAAAGGCAGUAGAGUUUGUUCACCAGUUGGUAGAGGACAAGGAAUUAGAUGGCAGGAUAUGUCUGAGCCUGGGGAACACAUUAUGGCUGAACCCCGUGGUGUCCAGAGUAAAGCUGCAGUGUACCAGGUCUUUCUUCCACCAGUUUAGUCUGAGGAAAGACUUACUGAGAAAUGGACUGGCUGUUAAUAACCUGCAGCACUUGGACAAACUCUAUGAGCUGUGUGAAGGGAAGGUUGAUAUUGUACAGAGGGCGCCAAAAGACAACAUGGACGACAGCCUCCAAAGUGUGACAGUUGCCAUGGAGACAGAGAUAUUGCCAGAGAGUGAAGAGUACCAUGAGGUGUAUGUGGCAUCCAUUGACUCCCCAGGGAUAUUCCAUGUACAGAAGAGAGAGAUGGAGAAAAAAAUUGUUGCAUUGAUCGAUGAAAUAAAUGAGGAAAGUGAACACAUCUUACAAGACACUUCUUAUGUGGAUAUUACCUGUGGCACCCUUGUGUUGGCUCUUUUCCCAGAGGAUGAUAGAUGGUACAGAGCCCAAGUUUUGGCCACCAGGGGGCACAGUGAGGUUCAUGUCCUCUUUGUUGACUAUGGUGAGAGAGAAUGGCUGGUAUUUGAUAAGAUCCGUAACCUGCCAGAGAAGUACAGGACGCUGCCUUUCCAAGCCAUUGAGUGCUGCCUGGCAGAUCUUGCACCCAGGGAGGGCCAGUGGAAGGAAGGUGACACUGAUGCAUUCUGGGACUUGGUGCUGGAUGACCAGGAUCAGAAGAUUGCUUUAGUUGCCAAGGUGAUCAACAGAAGUCCUGCCAUGUAUGGUGGCUGUCACCGAUAUCACAUUGUGUUGUAUGACACAGAAAGUGAGGAUGUCACCAUCAACAUUGGUGACACUUUGGUGACCCAGGGGCGUGCUGUUAGCCUACAUAUACCAGAGGAAGUGAUAGAGGAGGUCAUCAUAGGCAGCAAGCAUUAUGACUACCCCUACCAGAAGAUCCCAGACCUGUGUGCAGCCUUGCAGAUAUCUACGGAUGAGAUGAGAAGAUUGUUUAUAGCUAAAGCUUUACAAAGGACAGUCAUGAAUUCUGCGAAUUUCAAGGAUGAAAUCAGGGAGAUAGGUGGAAUCCGUCUACUUUGUGGUCUCCUAAACCAGGAGACUUCCUCAGAAUGUGUGGAGUACCUGCUCCUGACUCUCAUCUCCAUGUGUGCAAAUAACUCCUGUAACAUGGAAGAAUUGAGGAAUGAAGGAGGAGUGGACAUCUUGUGUAACUUACUUGCAGUGGCAUUUGACCCAAGUCUCCAGGCCCGGGCUGCUUGGGCCAUAGGGAGUGUGGCAGUCUCUGAGAGGAAUCGUUCUGCUGUUCUUGAGUGUGGUGGAUUGGAAACAUUGAAUAAGCUUCUGGAGCCAUCUAGUGAUAUCAUUGUCCAGAGAGAUGUGACCAAAGCAAUGGCCAACUUGGUGGUGGAAUGUCCAAGAAAUGCCAAGUCACUGAUAGAACUUGGGGUGAUACAGAAGCUAAAGGAAGUGGUGCUGAUGUCCCAAGAUGCUGACCUGCUAGAACACACCCUUGGAACCCUGAGUGGCAUUGUUACCCACCCUGACUGCAGACAAGCAGUGCAGGAACAAGGAGGGGUAGAAGCCAUAUGUAAGGGGUUGAGCUCCCUGGAGGAAGAAAAGGUGGUCGGACCAGCAAUUAAGGCCCUCAGGUGCUUGGCAUUUGACAAUAAAAGAAACAAAGAAGUUAUGAUAGACCAGGGACUUGUACCAGUGCUGAAAAAGCUGUGUGACUCUACUGGUUUCCUCACCAAUGUGACAAGAAGACAUUGCAGAGACUUUCUCAAUAAACUGACUGCCUUUCAAAGAGAUGCAGUGGGCAAGAGCUGUGUAAAUGGAACAUCACAUGUGGAAUCACCAGAAAGGCAGCAACCAGUGAGACUUAAGCAUCACUCGCCCCAAAAGCCCAAGCCUCAGAAGCUGCUCCUUACUCCUAUUGUCAAAGGCCUUCCACCUCUGGAGACCACUGAGGAACAUGUAGCUAAUGUGAAGCCCCCAGUAAAGUGGUACCAGGACAGUAACCAUGUGGUCUUGAAGAUCCUGGUCAGAGGGGUGGAACAGAAAGUGGUCAACUUUGGGGACAGGACUGUGAGAUUCAGUGCCACAGUUCUGGACACGUUUUAUCACUUUGACCUGGAGCUCUAUGAGAACAUAGUGCAGUCCAAGUGUCUGGUGGAUGUACGAGGAGGGGAGGUGUUGAUCAGACUACACAAGGCUACGACUGGACGGUGGCCAAGGCUGCAGAAGCAUAAGUCUAAACCUGCAUACAUAUCUCUGGACUUUGAGAACUAUGCUGGCAGUUCCUCUGAAGCAGAAAUGGCCGAUUCUGAAGAUGAAUCCCCAUUCAUUCCAAGGAGAAAGGCCAAGAACCCAUUCCGCGAGAGUUCCGACCCUCCAGUGCCCCACCUGGUGGAGGGUGUGCCUCCUGACCUUGAACCCUGGUCAUCAGAGUCGACCAAUGAAGAAGACGAGGAGGAGGAGGAGUCUCAGGGAGACAGACCUCAACGUCACCCAGAGUACUUUGAUUUAUAAGAUGGUCAGCCAUUUUGUUACAGAUUUGAAUGGUUCUUUUUGGUCUAAACCAAAUCCAUUAUUAAAGCAUGAUGUCCUAGAUGCGUUUACCAAAGCAACAAACAAGACUUAAAAACACAGACCCAGAUUUGGGCAGCCGUCUUGUUAUGAAUCAGAAUGGCGCCAUUUCUUUAAGUUUUUUUUUUUUUUUU